GCGGAGUCCAGCAGCCAGUCGCAGCCAUGCAGGUCGCCGCGCUGCUCAUCUGUCUGCUGCUGACCGCGCUGACGGCACAGAUUCAGGCGCAGCCCGAGCGCUGGGAGUUAAGCUGGAGGGAAAAGAAUUCAGAGGACACUAUUUCCACUUCAUCAGGGGAAGGUGUGUCAAAUGCUGAGAUUUAUGUAAGACCGGAAGUGCUACAACUGUUACAUCUUAGGAACAGACCCAUAAAAAAACACUUCAAUACUAUGCCAGCAUGGGUGCUAGGAAGUGAACAAGAAAAAUCAUCAGUGGUAAUUCUGCUGCCUGAAGGCUCAGCAGAUCAUGAACAGGUUUUCUGAUGUUCAGAUAGACAAUGGAAUUUGUUCUUUCAAACAUUGUGCCAAUGGAAAUAAAUAACAAGAACAACAGAAAUUUAGUGUACCUUAAAGAAAUAAUAUGUGCCAUUGAGCAGCUAUAUGUAAUAGGAAUAAUGUACGGAGUAACGGAAAUCAGACUGAAACUCCAUAUAAUACAUCAUAGACUUCUGUUGUCAAACCUCAUCACAGCUCUUCCAAUCGACUUGUAUGAGCCUUUGCUUCUGAUUGGUUGAAAAGAAUGAACUGACAACACUGAUAAAUUACAUAUCUAGUCUGACUGUAACUAUUUUUGCAAGCAGUCAUUGCUGUUUUCCUUCUUAGUUAUUUAUGAAUUUCAUGUACAAAGCAUAGAUUACAAGUGUGAAUAACUUUUACACACAUAAAAGUGAGUGAGUUAAAGAUGCAGUCAAAACGUGCGUUGAGUUGACUUCAAUUCAUUUUUAGCUGUGUUUCCCUGUCACUCUAAUAACCCAUCAUUUUCUUCAUUAUUCAUCCAGUUUCAGCAGUUGCUCCAUUUCUGCUGACCUUGUUAUCAGUUUCAUGUGCAUAUUUCAAAGAGACCUCUCAUGUAAGAAGAGAAAUUUUGAAUGAAUGAUCAUGUGAUACUGGGCAAUAAUCUAAGGAAGUGAACUAAGAUUCUCCCUCAUGUACCUUAUCAAAGUUCUUAUAGCCCUUGUCUUAAAUUAGAAAUCUUCAUUGGUAAUACCAGUUAAUUCUCUUCUUUAUGCUGGAUGGUAAUUAUUAUAAACAGCUGCAUCUUCAUUGUCAUUAUUUAUUAAACAAGUAAGGAUUUGUGCUAUCAAUGCUUAUAAAUAUGAAAAAACAGAUACUGUUACCAGGGUUUGCUGCAUUACACCAUCAUGGAUUGGAAAAAGCUUAUAAAUGUUGUUGUACCUUACCAUUCAGUUCUUAAAUUGUAAUGUAUCUAACUGUACCUUCUAUUUUUAUUUCUCUAAAAAGUUUUCCGCAUAUUAAGUAAAGUUUCUCACUUUGCCAUCACAACUUGAUCUCACCUUUCUCAAUGUUUUUAUUAAUGUGGCUUUCUUACUUUCUGCCUUAAUAACUUAUUACAGGUACCUCUAUAAUUAUAAUUCCAUUCACUUUGAGAAAAAAUAUGUUUGCAUAUCUUUGAUCCUACCUUAUCUGAUAUGUUUACCAAAGCAUGCCUUGCUGGAAAACAGAGCAGGUAUAACUUUUGUGUGAGUGCAGUUUUGGCCUAGUUGUAGUGGACUAUAAUGCAAGUUCCCUGAUAUUCACAAGCAAUUUUCAUCAUUUAUAGUCUCCAAAUUAUGACACUUACUUUUUUCUGUUCUAAUGGAAGUAUAUACUUUUUUCUGUGGCACUUGAAAGAAGCUUCUAAGAGAACUUCAAUGACAGAGCAUGUGUGGGACUUGGUCAAAUUUUAUCAGAAUAACAGUACUGCAAACCACUGUCCCACCACCAGGAGAAGAGGUUCCAUCAACAUCUGCCCUGUUAUACUGAAUGUAAGCAAACGCAAAACUCAGGUAUGGUUCUUGUGUUUACCUGAGUGCAUGAAGCCCACCAGUCUGUGUCUGCUGUUGUAGCAAUCAGACAACUUGCUUGUAAAACUAUUGAGACACUCACAUUGUGCACUGAGCAUUGUUUAUGGUGAACAUUGUGAAACUGAUAGAGAAGCGAUGCAGUUGUACAUUGAAGAGUGUCCAGAUUGUGCCAAGCAGUCAUGCUCUAUCUUUGUAAACGUUAUAAAUAAAGAUCUAGAAACUUGUAGUGUGGAGAGUAAAAUAUGCCAAGGGACAAGAAGAGCAACUGAUGAAAGAUAUUAAACUAACAUUUUAAAGGGGUAACACACAAUGCAAAUGUCACUAACUGGUAGUUCGGAAGUACAAGAGGUAUCAAUCAAAUGUGCGUUCUGCGAACACUGCUUUCCAUCAUAUUUCGUCUUCUUGAAAUUUCACUACAUCUACAGCUUCAUGGCAGUGACUAUCCAAAUUUGAUUACAGCCCUCUCAAUGUUAUCUACAAAAAGUGCAAAGUGAGGUGGCAUAUCUAAGCAAAAUUUUCUUUAAGGAAGAAGCAUCAUUUGCAAACCGUAGGCAAAUCAGUCUUCACAAAGUGCACUAAUCAUCAGUUGAAAAUCCAUGCUGACUCAAAGAAUGUUCUUGGUCUUUCAAUAUUUGGUGCAUGCUUUUCAAAAUCUGCAACACUGGUCUCUGUGUUAUUGAUGGAAUUCUAAAUACAUUCAAGUAAUGUGAGUUCCUAAGAUAUACUACUGCUGCAGUUAUUGGAAGACAUCCCACUGAACAUAAGGCAGUCAGUGUGGUACCAACAUGAUGGAUAUCCCUCUCAUUCCACACGUAUGUUGACAGGCCCUCUUAAGGGGACAUUUGGAGAGCAUUGGAACAGUUGUUCAGGAAAUGCAAAAUGGUCUACAGACUCACCUAACUUAACACAUCUACUCCUUUAUCUGUGGUGAGAUUUAAUGCAAGAAGUUUAUUACAAAACACUGAUGACUCCCAAAGAAAUGAAAUGCCUUGUAACACAUUGAUUCCAGAUGAAAUUCAAUGUGCAGGCUGUUUCACCAGAAUCACUUCUUAGUGUGCAGCAAUGCUCAAGGAAACGUUUUAAGCACAUGGUAUGAUAGCCAUGAUAAUACACAUAUAAACCAUACCCUGAGUUCUGUCCUUGCUUACAUUUUGGGGUAAUAUGGCAGACAUUCAUGGAACCUCCUCCCCUGAUGGUGAGACAGGUCCAUGGUGCUGUUAUCUUGUUACUGUUUGAUCAUAUCCAUGGAACCUCUUCCCCUGAUGGUGAGACACAUCCAUGGUGCGGUUCUAGGCACUUCAGUCCAGAACUGCGCGACUGGUAUGGUCACAGGUUCAAAUCCUGCCUCGGGCAUGGAUGUGUGUGAUGUCCUUAGCUUAGUUAGAUUAAAUUAGUUCAAAGUUCUAGGGGACUGAUGACCUCAGAUGUUAAGUCCCACAGUGCUCAGAGUCAUUAGUUAUCUUGAUACUGUUUGAUCAUGUCCCAUGCAUGUUAUGUCAAUAAAAAUUACUUGUGAAUAUUGGGAAAUUCACUGUAUUAUCUGCUAUAACUUGAAAAAAAUGUAGCGUCUCGAUAUAUUUAUUCAUUCUGGACAUAUUUGUGAUGGCCUGCCUUAGUUGCCUCAAUCUAUCUAGAGUGAGUUCUGUUGUAGGUGGUGUAUAAUCGGCUUACUCCAAUCCAUAGAUAAUGAAUCUCGGUUGUGUGGAUGAAUCAUAUGGGUUCCUGUUGUGCUGCUAAUGCAGUUGUGUGUUACACAGUAAUAACAAGAAACACAUAAAUCCGAUACCUGUCUGUUAUUUUGAUGAUACACAACAUUCACUAACAUAUUUAUUAGUGGUGCUCUAAACCACUCAUAUAUAGUUUCAUUCUACAACAAAAUUCUCACAGCUCAUUUUUCUGUUUUUAACUUUCUACCAAU